CUCAAUGUAAAAAUACCUAUUUACAGUCACUGCCUCUACCACCAGCACCAGCAGAGCCUGAGCUGAGAGGAAACUACGGUUCUCACUCCCUAGAGCAGCCCUUUCCAACCAUCUGUUAAAAACAUGGUGGAUUACUACGAAGUUCUAGGAUUGGAGAGACAUGCUUCACCUGAGGACAUUAAAAAGGCUUAUCGAAAAGUAGCACUUAAAUGGCACCCAGACAAAAAUCCAGAAAACAAAGAAGAAGCCGAGAGAAAAUUCAAAGAAGUAGCUGAGGCAUAUGAGGUAUUAUCACAUGAUGAAAAACGGGACAUUUACGAUAAAUAUGGCAAAGAAGGAUUAAAUGGUGGAGGUGGAAGUGAUUUCGACGAUUCUUCUGAAUAUGGCUUCACAUUCCGUAAGCCAGAUGAUGUCUUCAAAGAAAUUUUUGGUGAAAGGGACCCAUUUUCAUUUCAUUUCUUUGAAGACUCACUUGAAGACCUUUUAAAUAAUUCAAGGAGCUCCUAUGGAAGCAGAAACAAAGGUGCAAGAUCCUUUUUCUAUACAUCCAGUGAAUACCCAGUUUUUGAGAGAUUUUCUUCAUAUGAUAUAAGAUAUACACCAUUUGGUUCACUGGGCCAUGAGGGACUUUAUUCAUUUUCUUCCCUGGCAUUUGAUGAUAGUGGGAUGGACAACUACGUUACUGUUACAACUUCAGGAUUCAAAGAAGGUGGUAAGAGGAAAAAAAAGAAGCAUAAAGAAGUACAGAAGAAGAAGUCAACUAAAAGGAAUCGUUAAAUUGAUUCUUCAGACACAUUAUGUUCAUAUAACAUUUGAACACAACUCUGUGUGUGUUUCUGUUAGUUUUGUAGAUAAUAUUUAAUACUACACUAAGAUUAUGUUUUUAACGUGCUU